AUGUCGAAAAUCACCGUCGCCGGAGUGCGUUCCAACGUUGGCGAGUUGCUUGACUACUCGCUCAACACCAAGAAGCGUAACUUCCUCGAGACUGUCGAGCUCCAGAUCGGCCUCAAGAACUAUGACCCCCAGCGUGACAAGCGUUUCUCGGGCACCAUCAAGCUCCCGGUUGUUCCCCGCCCGAACAUGGCCAUCUGCAUUCUCGGUGACCAGCACGAUCUCGACCGUGCCAAGCACGGUGGCAUCGACUCCAUGUCGGCCGACGACUUGAAGAAGCUCAACAAGAACAAGAAGCUCAUCAAGAAGCUCGCCCGCAAGUACGACGCCUUCAUUGCCUCCGACACCCUGAUCAAGCAGAUCCCCCGUCUCCUUGGUCCCGGUCUGUCUAAGGCCGGAAAGUUUCCCACCCCCGUCUCGCACUCCGACGACCUCAGCGGCAAGGUCACCGAGGUCAAGUCGACCAUCAAGUUCCAGCUGAAGAAGGUUCUCUGCAUGGGUGUCGCCGUCGGCAACGUCGAUAUGACCCAGGAGCAGCUUGUUGGCAACAUCAUGUUGGCCAUCAACUACCUCGUGUCGCUGCUGAAGAAGGGCUGGCAGAACGUUGGUAGCCUUACCAUCAAGGCUACCAUGUCUCCCCCCAAGCGCAUCUACUAA